ACGGGCGGGCGUAAUCAGGGAUAGCUUCUUUUCAAAAACUCAUUGGCCUCACAAAAGGUUAGUCCUCAUUUAGCUCGAACCAGCCGAACAGGCCACGCCCAGCACUUCAUUUGUCAACAAAGGGGUUUGACACGCUCGGAGAGGUCCAACCCCGUCUUUCCUUUAAAAGGUUCAUUUGGCUAAACAUACCGUGGCUAACCGUGGCUAACCCUUUCCCUUCUCCAGCCCCUUCAUAUGGUGCGUUGACUUCCUCCGUCCGCGUUAAAGUGGAACAUGGCGGAGCGCACGCAGCAGCCCCCGAGUAAACGGCUCUGCUGUCGACACGCGCACAAUGGAGCGUUUCGAGGAGCCCAGAGGAUCGACGGCUCUUCUCAGGGUGAACCGAGGACCAAGAGCCCGGAGACUCUGCUGGACAUCGCGGCGCGGAGAGUGGCGGAGAAGUGGCCCUUUCAGCGGGUAGAAGAACGCUUCGAGCGGAUACCAGAGCCUGUUCAGAGGCGGAUAGUUUACUGGUCUUUUCCGAGGAGUGAACGGGAAAUCUGUAUGUACUCGUCUUUUAACGGGUGCGGUGACGAUGUGGGGAGUAGCGGGGAAAACGACGACGAGACGCGGCUCCCUUUUCGACGGGGGAUCGCUUUGCUCGAAAGCGGCUGCGUGGACAACGCGCUCCAAGUUGGCUUUCACCUCAGUGGAACCGUGAAGGAGCCGGCCACAUCCUCAGAGCCGGAGAUGGUCUGCAGCGUGAGCAUCAGCUUUGACCGCUGUAAAAUCACAGCAGUGACCUGCAGUUGUGGCAACAAGGACAUCUUCUACUGUGCACAUGUCGUAGCCUUGUCGUUGUACCGGGUACGGAAGCCUGAGCAGGUCAAACUACGCUUGCCCAUCUCAGAGACACUUUUUCAGAUGAACAGGGACCAGCUGCAGAAGUUUGUCCAGUACCUCAUCACAGUACACCACACCGAAGUCUUACCCACAGCACAGAAACUAGCAGACGAAAUCCUCUCUCAAAACUCUGAGAUCAACCAAGUUCAUGGCGCUCCUGAUCCAACAGCGGGGGCAAGUAUUGACGAUGAGAAUUGUUGGCAUCUAGAUGAGGAGCAAGUUCAGGAGCAGGUCAAGCUCUUUCUGUCCCAGGGCGGAUACCAUGGCUCAGGGAAACAGCUCAACUUACUGUUUAGCAAGGUGAGAGAAAUGCUGAAGAUGAGGGAUUCCAAUGGAGCUCGCAUGUUGACAUUGAUCACAGAGCAGUUCAUGGGUGACCCACGACUGGCGCUGUGGAGGCAACAGGGGACCACCAUGACUGACAAGUACAGGCAGCUGUGGGAUGAACUAGGGGCUCUGUGGAUGUGUGUGGUGCUGAAUCCCCACUGUAAGCCUGAGCAGAAGGCGUUCUGGCUUCGGCAGCUCCAGCGGUGGAACAGCAUUGAUGUCUGCCCCUUGGAGGAUGGUAACCAUGGCAGCGACCUGACCAAUCUGACCAACUCUCUGCCCCAGGGCCCAGCUGGUAACCCAGAUUCUCACUCAAAGCCUCACAGGACUGUGUUCACCCGGGCCAUAGAGGCAUGUGACCUCCACUGGCAGGACUCUCAUCUGCAGCACAUCAUCACUGAAGACCAUUACACGAACUACUGCCAUCAAGACCAACACCACAAUUCCUUGUUUGACAACCGAGGCUGGCCCCUGUGGCAUGAGCAUGUCCCAACCGCAUGUGCCAGAGUAGAUGCCUUGAGGUCUCAUGGCUAUCCCAGAGAAGCACUGCGCUUGGCGAUUGCAGUAGUGAACACUUUGAGGAGACAGCAGUGCAAACAGUUAGAGUUUUUUCGGUCUCACAAAAAAGAGCUGCUCCACAAAGGCGUGACCUCAGUGACCAACCUGGAGGGCUGGGUGGGCCAUCCUCUGGACCCUAUUGGGACAUUGUUCAGCACUCUAUUGGAGGUGGGACAAGGCAAAGAGGAAGCAGCAGCACUAUCCAUGUUGGACUUCUCAGCCUCAGGCAGCUUCUUAGAGGAAGGAGAGACCUUUGUGUCUUUGGCUGUGGAGACUGCCCUCAUUGGCCUGGGUCAGCAGAGGGUGAUGCCAGAUGGUCUUUACGCCCAGGAGAAAGUGUGUCGCAACGAAGAACAGCUAUUGGCCAAGCUGCAAGAAGUGGAUUUAGAUGAAACUUUGGUGAAGGUCUUUCGCAAGCAAGCUACAAUUUUAUUAGAGGCUGGUCCCUACAGUGGUUUGGGAGAAUUGCUCUACAGAGAAAGUGUCCCUAUGCACACUUUUGCCAAGUAUCUCUUCACCUCACUUCUACCUCAUAAUGUUGAACUGGCAUACAAGAUUGCACUGAGGGCCAUGAGGCUGCCAGUUCUGGAGUCCACAGUCCCCUCCAGUGACCUUUCCAGGCCACAACAAAUUAUGUCUGUGGUCUCCAACCGGUACCCGCGCUGGUUCACUCUGAGCCACAUAGAGUCCCAGCAGUGUGAACUGGCUUCAACCAUGCUCACUGCUGCCAAAGGUGAUGCACGUAAGUUGGAAACAGUGUUAGAAUCUAUCCAAAAGAACAUUCAUUCCUCGUCCCAUAUCUUCAAACUUGCUCAGGAUGCCUUCAAAAUUGCCACUCUAAUGGACAGUCUACCAGAUCUUACUCUGCUCAAAGUCUCUCUUGAGUUGGGCCUUCAGGUCAUGAGGAUGACUCUCUCGACUUUGAACUGGCGAAGGAGAGAAAUGGUGCGGUGGCUGGUGACAUGUGCAACUGAAGUUGGUGUCUUUGCCUUGGAUAGCAUCAUGCAGAACUGGUUUACCCUCUUCACUCCCAUCGAGGCCACCAGUGUUGUGGCCAGCACAGUCAUGUCCAACAGUACCAUAGUCCGUCUCCAUUUGGACUGCCAUCAGCAGGAGAACCUGUCCAACUCCGCCCGCACCCUAGCUCUACAGUGUGCCAUGAAAGACCCACAAAACUGUGCCCUGUCCGCACUGACCCUUUGUGAGAAGGACCACAUCGCCUUUGAGACAGCGUACCAAAUUGUGCUGGAUGCUGCCACUACAGGGAUGAACUAUACACAGCUGUUUACAAUAGCGCGUUACAUGGAGCAUCGCGGGUAUCCUAUGAGGGCGUACAAGCUAGCAACAUUAGCUUUGUCACACCUAAACCUUAGCUACAACCAAGACACUCACCCAGCAAUCAAUGAUGUACUGUGGGCUUGUGCUCUCAGCCACUCGCUGGGGAAAAAUGAACUAGCCGCUGUCAUUCCUCUGGUUGUCAAGAGUGUUAAAUGUGCCACUGUGCUAUCAGACAUUUUGCGGCGCUGUACAUUAACAACACCAGGAAUAGUCUUGCACAGUCGCAGGAACUCUGGGAAGAUCAUGUCCUUAGACAAAGCUCCACUUCGACAGCUCUUGGACGCCACGAUUGGGGCCUACAUUAACACAACGCACUCCAGGUUAACUCACAUCAGCCCCAGACACUAUAGUGAGUUUAUUGAAUUUCUUAGUAAAGCAAGAGAGACUUUCCUCAUGGCUCACGAUGGACACAUUCAAUUCACACAAUUCAUUGACAACUUGAAACAGAUUUACAAGGGCAAGAAGAAACUUAUGAUGCUUGUGCGAGAGAGAUUUGGUUAAUGUUCCUUUGAGAUGGAGUAUCCUCUUUAACUUGAAGUAAAUCAUGUCAAGCCCCAAAGUGUUAAAGAAAGAAGAACAGAAAUAAAGUGUAAAUAAACUAGAUAAAUUCUUCAAAACGUGUAUUCCACAUUGGCAUAUUGUAAAAAUGUAAAAACAAUGCUAUGCACUGAAAUACUGUUAAAUGUUUUGUUCUACCUUAAAAAUUCAACAUGUGGUUUAAUUAUUAGAUGGAACAUGGUCUAAAACUAGUCAUACUUCCAAUUUGUGUGCAUGUACAUAUAAUUUAUUUAUUUAAUAACACUUUGGGACUUUAACAAACCCUACAAUCACAAACUACUUCAGUGUGUGAUAUCAGGAGGUUGUGUCAAUUACCUUAGUACUGUAUAGUGUAAAACUAUAUUUUAGUGACUUUUACACGGAUCUGUGUAUUUGUAUUAAAAUGCCCACCUUGCCGUUCUAAUGUUUUCAUCAAAUGACAAAACAAAGAAGGAAACUCAUUAAAACCAAAUGCAGAAUGUCAGAAUCUUAAGUACCUCAAAGAAUUCAGCUUUACACUGUCCCCACUUCUCUUUGCUGCUCAGCCCACUCAGUAAUGUCUAAAAAGAAAUGCUGUCUACUCCAGACCCUAUAUUUAUUCUCAUCAUACAUAUCCAGAUGAUUUGUUUCAGUAUUGUUUUUAAAUAAUGUUGAUCAUGUUUCACUCUCAGGGAUGUAAUGUCUUAAAAGGCAGUUCUUUGUUUUGUAUAUAAAGGUUUGAUUACAUUUAAUUACUGAAAAUGUAUACAGUAUGUGACUAAUUUAUGACAGAUUGUUCUAUUUAAGGCACAAAACUUGAAGUUGCUGUACUGUGGUUUUUGAAACAACAUAUCAGAAGGAUUUCAAGUGCCCAUGUUGCUUUGCUUAAGAACAGGAUCAGAGGGAGUUGGUUGGCUGAAAAAACAUAUUAAACGCAUGAAACCAAUUAACACCGAACAAUAUUGAAGACACGGAUAAAGACAUGGUGGUAUACUUCAUGUUACAGUAUGCGUCUUGUACCUCCUCAGUCCUGAAGCUUUGUGAACGCUUAGUGCCCAUGUCGUUUCCAGGCAUUACAAUUACAGGACUUAUCUUAAAGUCAUUACUGAGAUCAGACUGUUCAACUUCAUCCAAUAUUUUCUGUUUUAAUUUAACUUCAGUUUCCCCAUAUAAUAACAGCCUUCUUUCUUGCCUUGUCUUAAUGCUUUAAAAGAACCAAACAAAGUACCAAACGUCUUUCAAACACAAACUGACUUGGUUAAACCAUAGUGUCUUGAUUUUCUCACUGGCUCUGUAUUGGUGCUUUUAUAACUUCUUUUAACAUGUUAUUGAAAUCAAAUUUGUUUCCAGUUCAAAUUUGUUUGUUUUUAUGGAAAAUGUUCAAUUGUAUUUAUUAUGCUAGGUAAAUGAUUGUAAAAGCAUCUUAACAUGAAGAUUUAUACUUUGAUUGAUUUAUUUAUGUUACUAAAUUACUGUUUUAUAAACUUAUUGAUCUUGUUUUUACUAAAAAAUACUUUUUAGACU